UACCAUGAGGUCCAUCCAUUCGGUUUUUCAGAUAUUGGAGGGUAUUUAUUUAAUUAUCGACCUCUUUAUACCUACAGCAGUGCCUUUAGUCAUGUUUAUAGUAUGAUUAAAUCUCAUAAACCUGUUCUGCUUUAGCUCUGUCGUUAGCAUUGUAAGCUAACAGUUUCCUGACCUGGAAGAUGACCACAGACCAGCACCUGGACCCGAGACACGAAGAUUAGAAGAUUAAGAGUUGUUAAAUCACCAGUCAUGAAUGGAGAAGAGGACGAUCCGUUUCCUGUUGAUGUCUGUCUAUUCUCCGACACCUUUUCUCAGGACAUUGUGUAUAAUUUAUUCGGUCAGGAGUUGAAGAUAAAACAGGUGUUUGGUGCCAACAUCGGCGUGGCUGCACCGGUCUGGGAAGCAGCCUUAUUUCUGUGUAGUUACUUGGAGGAGCAGUCGGUGGAGCUGAGAGGGAAGCGCAUCAUAGAACUGGGAUCAGGAACAGGACUGGUCGGCAUCAUGGCAGCACGUCUGGGUGCAACUGUGACUCUUACAGACCUCCCUGUGGCUCUCCCACAACUCCAGGCCAAUGUCUCUGCGAACAUGCCCUCCAGUGGCUGGCCCUGUGCCUCUCCCACCGUGCUGCCUCUGUGCUGGGGUGAAGACCACAUGAACUUCCCCUCUGACUGGGAUCUGGUGCUUUGUGCAGAUAUAAUUUACCUCAGAGAGACUUACCCACUGCUGGUGGAGACACUCGCUCACUUGUGCCACAGUGGAUCUGUGGUGUAUCUGUCAUCCAAAAUGCGAAGAGAGCACGAAACUCAGACUUUUUAUGAAGAAUGUCUGCCCAGCAGGUUUACAGUGAAGCUUGUGCAACAUGAUGAAAAGCAAAACAUUAAUAUCUACCAGGCAUCACUAAGGACAGACCAGUGACUGCAGGCCUUUACUAUACUUUUACUGUGAGAUUCAAAGAUAAAACAGUCCUUUCUCACUUAAUUUGAUGAUAUGCACAACAUACUCAGCGUUUUGUUUUGUUUUUGUUUACUUUUAGCUGUAACAUUUCAUCAAGCAUGUGUUAAAAUUGUUUCUCUAUGCAUCUAAUCAAGUGCUUACUCUGUCAUGAGUUUUGUUUGUACCAAGGGUUUCAGUCAUAAAUUAUUCGUAUGAAAGGUCAGUUAAGGUCACGUUUGUAAACAUGCAUUAUUGAUUUUGAUGAUUGUCAGUUGUAUAUAUCCUAAUGUCUCACUGCAUCUGAAAUACUGUUUUUACAAUUUCUAAUCUAUGCACAGCACUAAAAAGGGGCCUUCCGUCUUCAUGUGUUUAUGUUGUAAAGUUUCUAUUUAUGUUGAUGUGAAACAUAAAAAAAACCUU